AUGGGAACCUUUAGCAAUGGCACCUUCUUUAAAGUGCGCUAUUCCAGUGUUCUUCCUUUCCUUUCUUUUUCCUUCCUUUUUCUUUCCUUUCCUUCCCUUUUUCUUUCCUUUCCUUCCCUUUUUCUUUCCUUUCCUUCCCUUUUUCUUUCCUUUCCUUCCCUUUUUCUUUCCUUUCCUUCCCUUUUUCUUUCCUUUCCUUCCCUUUUUCUUUCCUUCCCUUUUUCUUUCUUUCCCUUUUUCUUUCCUUCCCUUUUUCUUUCCUUCCCUUUUUCUUUCCUUCCCUUUUUCUUUCCUUCCUUUUUCUUUUCUUUCCUUUUUUCUUUUCUUUCCCUUUUCUUUUCUUUCCCUCUUUCUUUUCUUUCCCUCUUUCUUUUCUUUUUCUUUUCCUUUCUCUUUUCUUUCCCUUUCUUUCUUUUACUUUCCCUUUCUCUUUUACUUUCCCUUUCUCUUUUUCUUUCCCUUUCUCUUUUUCUUUCCCUUUCUCUUUUCUUUCCCUUUCUCUUUUCUUUUUCCCUUUCUCAUUUCUUUCCCUUUUCUCUUUUUCUUUCCCUUUCUCUUUUCUUUCCUUUUUCUUUCCCUUUCUCUUUUUUUUCCUUUUUCUUUUCCCUUUCUCUCCUUUUCUUUCCUUUUCUUUUCUUUUUCUUUCUCUUUUUUUUUUUUUUUUUUUUCCUUUCUCUUUUUCUUUUCCCUUUCCCUUUUUCUUUUUCUUUUCCCUUUUUCUUUUUCUUUUCCCUUUUUUUUUCCCUUUUUCUUUCCCUUUUUCUUUCCCUUUUUCUUUCCCUUUUUCUUUUUCUUUUUCUUUUCCCUUUUUCUUUUUCUUUUCCUUCAUCAAUUCAAACCAAGCAAGGUGCUACUGAGAGUGGAAGAGAAUAG